AUGUUUUUGGUCAGUUCUAAGCAUAUCUAUGCCCAGGGGUGUUUCCUGCAGAUUUAUUGCUUCCAUGGGCUAGUAGUGACUGAAAUGUUCCUCUAAGCUGUCAUGUCGUAUGACCACUAUGAAGCCAUUCGCAAUCCUUUGCAUUCCACAGUCCGAAUGACAAAGAGGGUGAAUAUCUGGUUGGCAGCAAGUGCCUGGUUCUCUGCGUUGUUGGUCCCGAUCCCAGCGGACUUUAGUGCAACGCCCAAAGUUUAUCAUUGCUUUUGUGACCACUUGGCUGUUGUCCAAGCAGCUUGUCCAAAUUCCUACACUUAAUUUCAGAAUUUUUUAGAAUUUACUAUUGCUAUGAUUGUCUCCCUUUUUCCCGUUUUACUUCUCUCCAUUUCCUACACUCACAUAAUUAUCUCUGUCAUGCACCUCAACUCCAGAGAAGGACACAGUGAGGCUUUUUCAGCCUGCUCCUCCCACCUGAUUAUGGUUAGUAUUUACUACGCCUCCAUUGCCAUGGCGUACCUCUCCUACAAAGCCAAUAUGCCCUUUGAUGUCCAUGUCAUGAGCAAUGCGGUUUUUGCUAUUUCAACCCCUUUGGUCAGUCCUCUCAUUCAUACCCUCAGGAAUAAGGAAGUGAAAAGCGCUGUGAAGAAGUUUCUUAUCGUCAGAUUUUUUUCCUUCAUGGGCUGA